AUGGGAGCUAGCCCAACACUGUUAACAGCACCAAUAGCAUCCAUAUCCGCCCCGCCUCCAUCGAGCGCGCCAAGUGAAUCAGCGCCCCAAAAACGCGAGUCAGAAGCGGCAUCGCCGCCAAGUCCUGAGGUGAAGCGGGAAGCGCCCGAGCUGCUGGUGCCAAAGAGGGAGGCCGCCGAGCCCGAGCGCGAGUCUCCCGGCAUGGAGACGCGCCACGCCGGGUACGGCGCGCCGCCAGACCAACGCUCGCCCUACGAGCGCCCGCCGGAUGACCACGUGCGCUCCUAUAGCCAAAUGAACGAAACGCGGUACGGCUAUGAAGCGCGAUGUUACGAGGGCGCAACGGCCUUCGAGCGGUACGACCCCGCGCAGUGCCCGCAGCGGCCUUACAGCUGGGAGGAGGAGCGCUACCACGACCCGCACUUACCCACUCCAAUGAAAACCGACCAGUCCGAGCAGGAAACCAAUUCCGGACCCAUUUACCCUAGGCCAAUGUACCACUACGAGGCCGGGAGUGGGGUAGGCGUGGGUGGGGUUGGGGCGAUGGCGCCCGGGGUGCCGCCCGGCUUCUCCGCGAUCAAUCUCUCCGUGAAGAUAGCCGCGGCGCAGGCACAGCGCCCGCGCACCCCGACACCCCGAGACCCCCGUGACCCUCGCGACCCCCGCCCCGCCAUAGACCUAUCCACAUCUAGUGGCAGUCCACAGGGUCCAUAUGCAUCACCGGUUUACACGAGCGCCGGUGGUGGCAGCGGGGGCGGAGCCCGAGGCAGCCCACAGCCGGGCGCUUCGCCCCAGCUCACAGCCAGUCCCCAGGUGCCCAGUCCGCAGGGCCAGACCCUCGACCUUAGUGUGACCCGUUUACCACAUAGUAGAGCUUUCCCUGGAGGAGUCUCGUACAGUCGAGAAUCAACACCAGAUAGUGGUGGAAGCCAUCCAUACCUAGAAGCAUACCAUCGAGAUACAGCAGGCUACGGCGGCGUCAGUCCCCACCCCGUAGCCGGUUACGGGCUUGCCCAGCCGGACUACGCAGCCGCCGCGGCUGCAGCCGGCUACGGCGGCUACCAGUACCAGUGCGGCGCGUACCCGCCGCCGCCCGCGUACCCGCCGCACGCGCCGCCCUACUCCCCGCCGUGCUACAUGCCCCCGCCGCACGCGCCGCACGACAAACCUAAGGACAGCAGUCUGUCGGGGUGUCCGCGCGCUGAUCGCUCGCAGUUGCAACCGCACUCCCAGGAACUGAAGUGUCCGACACCGGGCUGCGACGGCUCUGGACACGUCACUGGCAACUACUCCUCGCACCGGUCACUCUCAGGCUGCCCUAGAGCGAACAAACCGAAGAGCAAACCGCGGGACGGGCAGGACUCGGAACCUCUUAGAUGCCCUAUACCGGGCUGUGAUGGAUCUGGACACGCCACAGGGAAAUUUUUGUCACAUCGAAGUGCAUCCGGAUGUCCAAUAGCGAAUCGAAACAAGAUGCGCGUACUAGAGAGUGGGGGAACUGUAGAGCAGCAUAAAGCGGCGGUAGCUGCAGCAGCCUCAGCAAUCAAGUUCGACGGAGUGAACUGUCCGACCCCUGGUUGUGAUGGAUCCGGACAUAUAAAUGGAUCCUUCCUAACACAUCGCUCCCUAUCCGGAUGCCCAGUUGCUGGGGCCGCGACCCCCACACCCCAGCCAAAGAAAGCGAAAUAUCCGGAUGAUAUAACUCCCCUUUAUCCCAAACCAUAUUCAAGCAUGGAUAUCAAUAUGCAAACUGGCAAUGGAGAGGAUUUAAUGACGUUGGAGCAAGAAAUAACCGAAUUACAGCGUGAGAAUGCACGCGUUGAAUCCCAAAUGCUGCGUCUGAAAUCAGAUAUAAAUGCGAUGGAAUCGCAUCUCAGCUCUGGUGAAAGGGAGAAUCAAUUGAUGUCACAGCGGAAUAAUAAUCUGAAUGAAUAUUAUGAGAGUCUCCGUAACAACGUUAUUACGUUAUUGGAGCACGUAAAAAUACCGGGCGGCGGAACCGCUCACGUCGCCUCCGCACCCGGAACACCCGGAGCCCCGCCUCCUCCCGGUGUCGGAGAAAAACCGGCGCAUGACAAUUUCGACUCCUACUUAACGAAACUACAGACCCUCUGCUCGCCCGAUGGAUACUGCCCAGAUGAAAACCGGCCGAUUUAUGAAACAGUAAAAAAUGCGCUUCAAGACUUCACAGUGCUCCCGACACCGAUUUAAGGCUCGCCCAGCACCGCCGAUAGUAAUCGCCAAUGAACUAUAACACCGACUGCGAUCGGCGGCGCUUAAGCGUAGUGCAAGUGACAUUCCUAGUGAAGUGAUAUUACCAAUCUCACCAAAGAUAAAAAAAGACUGUUGGUAAUCAAAUCUAAUGAUUUGCAAUGGUCGUGACUGUGUACAGUGUUCAAUGUAGAUGUUAUAGACAUUGUGUUCUACAUAGAGAUGUCUGUUUUAUAAACCGUUGUAUACGAUGUGUGAAUUCUAUAAGACAUCACAUUAACAUUCAAAACGUUUGACUAAUAUCAUUAAGGUCAACUUAACUUUAGUCUAAAAUGAAUUUUAACACUGUUAUUCGUAUAUAUGCUUAAACAUUAAUGUAACUAAAUGAUAAGAAAAAGUUUAUACUUGUAAUGUGAACGAUUUUAGCCCCAUGAACACAUCUAUAUUGGUUAUUUGUAAAUAUUGUGUAUUAUCUAAUUCUUACUAAGUACCUAUACAAUAUCAAAUGAUUUUGGAUUCAUGUGUGCUCACGUUUAGCUAAAUUUUUAAGAUGUCUCAUCGAAAAUAGGCUAUAAGAAUAAGACAGUACUAGAUUUCUUCGCGUUUUGUUGAAAUUACCGGAUUUACUGGGAUUGUGCCAAAUACAAGCGCAGAAGUUCUAAAGUGAUAGAAAUUAAUGUAUGGUAUAGAUAUGUAAAAACUAUCGAAAAUAAUAACUCCUUAGAGGACACUAGUCAGUUUUGUAAAUAAAUGUUGUAAAUAUAGUUACUACGUCGUUUCGACGAUUUUAUUUAUAUUAGAUAAUAAUGAGAUCUCAUUAGAUCAAGUAAGUUAUUUCAGUCAUUAAUUGAUAACCAAUUAGGAGUAAUAUUUGUUAGCCAAUGUUCACUUCGCUGUGAUUAUGUUAAUGUUGUUUAUUUAUUGUUACCUUUGCGGAAUGUGAUAGUUCAAAUUGAGGCGGAUUGACGUUAUUUUGCAACAUUAUUUAUUGUGCUUUGUCAAAAAAUGUUUUAUUGUUUUAACUUAGCACACUGCUAACAAUUUAUGUUAUGUGUAUUUGAUUCAAUUAUCUGAAAAAAGGUCCAAAAGAUUGGACGAAACAAAAUAUAAUACGCAUUUUAAUGAUACCUAUUACUAUGUUACUACUCUGAUCGUCAUAUAUGUUUCUGUAAAAUAUUGAGUAUGUGUUGUUAAAGAGAAUAAAAAUAAUAAAUACCAAGAUUAUC